CGCCGUUUUUCGAGGGGGAACCACAACUAACACUAGUCAGUCCGAUAGAGUCCUCUGGCGCCCAAUUUGUACUCCGGGGAGUAGAAGUUGACCCCCUAUUCGAAUUGGGGUCGGAACUGUCUGCCACUUUCAAUGAGAGUCUGCAGUUGGUCGGAGCAGUUCUACCUGUCUACAGGGUCCCAAUGGAACAGCCAGGAGAGCAGCCUCACUUAUCGCAUGGGCAGGGUGUCUGUUCUUGAUCUAAAGGAUCACAUGGGAGUGUACCACCAUCAGAACGAGAUCUCCUUCUCUCCCUCGAGUAGAGCCAGGACAGUGCAGCUGCUGGUGUUUGUCCAGGUGCAGGAUGAAGUGGACUUCACCCCUGGCCAGCAGUUCUCCCUCAUCUACUCUCUGGAGAGUGGGGGUGCAGUGGCCACCAAUCAACACAACUUCCAGGUUGAUUUUCUUCCGGAGCGACGGCCAAUGGUGGAUUUGGAAGUAGAGGUGGCCUAUACUCUGGAUAGAGAGUUUGUUCCAGGAGAUACGAUCCAGUUCACAGCCAAGAUGAGUCACCAGUGUGAGAGCAGUGCACAGGCCACGAACAUUCACACAAUCCUACACCUCCCGGAUGUAGUUCUGAGGAUGGAUAAUAAUAUUACACACUAUACUGGUCAGUUGCCAGUGUUAGACUACACAGCCGGUGACAAAAAAGCGGCAUUCACGUUGGACAAACUGGGCACGAGCGAAUACACUGAGUUCCGAUUUGACAUUGAGGUCACAUCUGCUUCCUUGGCAGUGAGGGAGAGCAGAGACUACUUCGCCACCUGUCCAGUUGACAUCCACUACACCAGGAAUGCCAGAGAGGGGGAUGAAGAUGAUGCUGACCAGGUUUACCAGCAGAAGAGCACAUCAGCAGAGGCCAGAUUCCUAGUCACCAAUGACAGUUGUGCUGGAUCCCGCGUGCCCAUAUCGGAUACUACUCUAUUCCAGGAGUGCCAGAUCACAUCCAGUUCAGAACUGGACCCGUUGGAAUACUCGGUCCACAGAGGACUCAGUGCACAACUGUCUCAGGGAUGGCGUUCAAAUUCAUGGCAAGGUCAGUGGCAGUCGCGCCAGUACAUCAAACUGGCACUCUUGAGGAGCUACAAGAUAUCCAAAGUGGUAUUCCACAAAGACUCCUCGUUCGGAUCCUUUGAGUUGCACUACAGCAAUGAUCCAGAGGGCAUAUACUGGACACAGUACGAGGAACAGAGUACUGUUCGACAGUUUUACUCCAAUCAGAGCUUCGAGGACAUUGACAACUCCCUGUUGCGCUACUUGGACAUCCGACAACCAUUAGAUGCCUCAUGGGUCCGACUGGUGUUCACUUCCGCCUCCGAGGACCCGCAGGACUCUCUAGGUGUCCAGAAUAUCCUCGCAUUCCGAUUCGACCUCCUCGGGUGUCCGAACAACUUCGGAGGUGUCGUCGACAUCACAAGAGUGUGUCGGGUGGGGGCUUCCAUUCCCCACGUGUACGACAGGGGCUUCCUCAUAGAUACCACCCUCAAAGUUCUCUUCGUGUGCGAGAAAAAUCUACAAAUUGACGCGAAUGAAUGCAUGCGUAUGGUCACACUUGCAGAUGGAUCCACCGCCUGGUCAAAGGUUAACCAUCGUGUGCACAGUGUAAUUGGCUACUGGAUCUCGCAGCAGACGGUGUUCGCAGUGAGUCAGAGCCAGAGCACCUACUUGGCCAGUGACGAUGGGGGACUCACCUGGCUCACUGUACAGACAAGGGAGUUCUGGGAUGCGCAGGACAUGACAAGUGACUACUACAAGCCAGCAGUGUCCAUCCCCCCUGAGUUCUACCCCACCCCCCUGGACCAAGUGUCAUCUGACAUGACAGAUGAGUGGGAAGGCACAAAGUUCUACGCAAAUCACGAGGGCAUUUGGAGCAACGUCGGGUUGGAGGGUACUUGGAAUGAGACAGAAUUAGUAUAUUCUUGGUCACUAUGCUGUGCAUGAACGAACUUCACUGACAAAAGAAUCUGCUUUCUUCAAAAC